UUUUGUCCGCAGAUGUCUUAAAAUAUCCAAAAAUGUCCGCAAUUUCCAAAAAUGUCCGCAAAUUUCCCAAAAUGUCCGCAAAUGUCCAAAUGUCCGCAAAUGUCGUUGAUCUUUCUUAUUUUAAUUUUUUAUUCUUUGUUGUUGUAAAUAUUUAUUUAUGUAAAAGUGUUAAUUGCACGAUGAUAUUUUUGUUUUAUUUUUUUAUUAAAGAAUUUUUGUACGAACAUUCUUUUCUUUCCGAAAACCCCCAAAAAUUAUUCAAUGCACGGCUUUUUCCCCUACAACGAAAACAGCUUCUUCCCUUUUUUACAGCUUCUUCCCGGACGACAUUUGCGGACACUGACCAAGCAUACCUCAAAGCUAAUAACUAACU